AAAAAGACAAAUUUAUAGCGCGUCAUAUAAGAGUUGGUUUCUAUGGUUCCGACACUGUUUGUUCAACUAUUUCAAAUAGCUAGAUAUUUGGCUACAGUUUACAAACAUUGAUGUCAGACUUAUUGAAAUAUGAGAAAGUUGGGAAUAUAGGGGAGGGAGCAUUUGGAAAGGCAAUACUUGUCCUAUCAAAAUCAGAAAACAUUCAUCGAGUGAUGAAAGAAAUCAAUAUUCGCAAAAUGACACUCAAGGAGCGAGAAGAAGCUCGAAAAGAGGUUUCUGUCUUAUCAAAAAUGAAUCAUCCAAAUAUAGUCCAAUAUUGUGAUUCAUUUGAAGAAUCUGGUUGGUUAUAUAUUAUCAUGGAAUAUUGUGAUCAAGGAGAUUUAUAUACUAAAAUUAAUAAACAAAAUGGUGUUCUAAUGCCUGAAUCAUUGAUUUUAGAUUAUUUUGUACAAAUCUGUUUAGCACUAAAACAUAUUCAUGAUAGAAUGAUCUUGCAUAGAGAUAUUAAAACACAAAAUGUCUUCCUUACAUCUAAAGGACGUUUAAAAUUAGGUGAUUUUGGUAUUGCUAAAGUAUUAAAUCAUACAUUGGAUUUGGCACGUACAUGUAUUGGUACACCAUAUUAUUUAUCACCUGAAAUCUGUGAAAAUAAACCAUAUGAUCAUAAAAGUGAUAUAUGGGCAUUAGGUUGUGUAUUAUAUGAAAUGACAACAUUAAAACAUGCUUUUGAAGCUGGUAAUAUGAAGAAUUUAGUAUUGAAAAUUAUACGUGGAACCUAUCCACCAGUUUCAUCAAAAUAUAGUUAUGAAAUAAGAAAUUUAAUUUCUCAAUUAUUUCGUCGUAAUCCAAGAGAUAGACCAAGUAUUAAUGCAAUCUUAAGGAAACCAUUUUUAUCAAAACGUAUCUAUCUUUAUUUAACAGAAACAGAAAUGGCAGAAGAAUUUAGUCAUACAGUGCUUCAUCAACAUUCUAAACGUAAAAAUGAUCAUCUAUCUAACAAUCUAAACUUGAUCAAUAAACACUUCAAACAGUCACAAAGUCACCAACACCACCAACAACAACAUCCAUUUCCGGUGAUUAAAAAGUCCAAGUUAAGUGAUGCUAUAAAUAAAAAAUUAUAUAAGAAAGCAGAAAAUAGCAAUAAUAGUAACAAUAGUAAUUCACAUGGAACAGUUUCUGAAGGUGAAUCCAAACGUCGGGAAUCAGUAAUCGAUGUGAAUCGUAGAAAACAAAGAGAAUUGAUGGAAAAACAGCGAUUGGAAGCUAGAAACAAAAUAAAAGAACAAGGUUGGAAACACUUAUUAGAUCAUUCACCUCUAUGUAUUACACCUGCUGUUAAUGAGAAAAAUAUGGUGAAUGUAAUUGGUGAUAAUCCUAAACUAAAAGAUGUAUAUUACAAACCAACUAUUCAUUCAACUAAUCAACCUUAUAAUUGUAAUCCUUCUUCAUCACCAAGUGUAAUUGUAGCUGAUGCAUUUACAAAAUAUAAACAAGAAAGAGAUCGUAUACAACAAAUAAACUGUAAAGAUUAUGAUAUUUAUAAUUGUGUUAAACAUUCAGAAGUUAUAACCCCAAAGCCCAUCGAUACGAUCUCGGUAUCGAUUCCAUCACAAUCUCUUGCAAUCGGUAUAGUAUCAACAACACCACAAACACCAUCAACACCUCAGAUCAACAUAAAACCAUCUUAUCUACAACCAUGUCAAGCUGUUCUACCGAUGAAACCGAAUGAUAUGUGCCCUAUACUCUAUCCAUGUAACAAGGAAAACAAUGUUACUACUAUUGACGACAGUAACAUUCAUGAUAAAAUCAAUAUUAUGAACAAUUGUAAUAAGAACAAUAAUAGUAUUGAUGAUAUUAUAAGUGAUCAAUGUCUCAGUGAGAAUGACAAAUAUGGAGACAAUAAAUAUCAACCAAUUUAUUCAAAGCCGUACGAAUCAAAUUUACGUAGAAAUGAACAAAUUCAAUCAGCAAUUAAACAAACCAAAUUAGUUGAAGAUUUUAUCUCUGUUAGACAACAAGCUGCAAUGAAUCGUGCACGUGGUGCUGGUCAUAUUAUGGGUGUAGCUGAUAUACUAGGCGGUUCACCAUUUGUAAAUCUUAACGAAAGAGGACGUAUACUAGAACAUCAAAGAGAGUUAAAAGCUUUGGAAGAGAAACGACAGAAGUUCGAAGCAUUAAAAAAACAAGCAGAAGAACGUGCUCGACUUUUAAAAGAACACCUAGAACGACGUAAGAAACAAGAGAAAGUUUUUGAACUAGAAAGAAAACAUCAACUUUUCAAGCUUGAACAGUUUGAGAGAUUAUGUACGCCACAAUGUAAAUUGGAUCAGAAACCGAUAGAAUACAAGUAUGUCAAUCCAAGUGAAUUAAAACCAUCUGAUAUUAUUAUCAAAGAGCCACAACCUCUAGAAGCGCCAAGUUUAAGUAUGGUUUUAGCUAAAUUAAAUGAAAUGCCUACUUUAACAAAAGUUGAUCAUUAUAAUGAUAAUUCAUUAGAAUUCAAUCAAAAUAUGGAUGAUGGUAAUGGUGAAGGAGAAGAAGAAGAAAGUUCAGCAAUUACAGAAGAUGAUCCAAAUUCCAAUUGUAGUUCUGUUCAUUCUUCAAAUAUACAUCAUAAAUGUAAUGCAAUACGUAAAAGAAAAGAUAAUAUUCUACGUAGAUUAAAUGCCAAAUCAACGGAUACUCGUAGUAAAUGGAGUAAAUUUUCAUCUAAUUAUAAACAUGAUACAAAUUUGAAAAAUUAUCUUUUACAUCAAGAGAAGAUUGAUGAUCCAUUGAAACAUUCAAUGACAAAAUAUCAAUUUAUGGAUUAUACAAUUUUAAAGAAAUUAGCUCAACGUACUUUAGAAACUAGUGGUUCAUCAAUGGAAUUAACUAAUUUACCAAAUCAUAAUGAAGUGCCAAUGGUAACAGGUUCUUCUGAUAAUCAAACAUUGAAUGAUAAUUCACAAUUGAAAACAAUAAUCACAACAAAAACGGAUCUUCAAAAUCGUCUUAAUGGUUUAGGAAGUCCUAUAAAAAAUGCUUGGCAAUUUGAUUUACAAGGAAAGGAAACUAACGUAACAACAAUAUCAGCAUCACAGCCGACAACAGCUAUUACUCCUAUAGCAACGACUGCAAACACCCCAUCCUCAUCCUCAUCAUCAUUAUUAUUGUCUAAUCUUCAUAAACCUUCUUUACCUGGUCCAAGUGGACCAGGUGGACCAAAUGUUAAUUUAACAGCUGAUUGUUUACAUCCAAUCAAUCAAUAUAAUAAUGAUCAUAAUCAUGAAGAUAAAACAAUCAAAGUAUCAGUUGAUUUAAACAUUACAGAUCAUUCAAAAUGUUCAUUUAAUAAUCGUAUGGCAACUUAUCGAUUAAAACAUCCGCGAAUCAUUAAUAAAUCUGAUGAGAAAUUAUUUGAAAAGGUGGAUUUUGUAGAUGAUCCAAUUUCAGAUCAAAGUAUAACAGAUAAUAAAGUGAAUCAAUCAUGUGAAUUAGAAGAUUUAGAAAAUGGUCAACUGAUUGUACAAAAUCCUUAUCCUAUGAAUACAUCUAAAGAAAUGAAUAGAUCUGGUUCAUUACCAAAUAUCAGUAAUUUUUUCCUAACUUCAUCAUCACCAACUGAUGUUCAAUUUAAACAAGUAUUAUCUAAACACAAUAAAGAUUCACAUGGAAAGUCGUUAUUGAAUUUACAAGAACAUCAGUCUAACAGUUGCAACGAUACCAAUAACAUAAAUAUUGACCAACAAAAUUAUCAGACAAAUGAAAUCAAUGAUUGGAAUAUCAAUGAAAAUACAGUAAUAAAUAGCAGCAAUCCAACAAUAAUUAAUCAACAUUUCAAAAACAUAUUAGAUAUAGAAGAUGAUGAACAAGAUAUUGAAUUAGUACGUCAAAGUAUGUUACAAGUCAUCUUGACUUCAAAUAUAAAUCAUUCUAAUGAUACCGUCUUAUCAUCCGAUGUAGAUAACGAUUGUUCCAAUAAUUCAACACUAUCAGAAUGUGAUAACCAAAGAUCAACGAAAUCAACAUUAUUCAAUGAUCAUUCUAUGAUAGAAGAAAAUUCUAUUGGUAAGAAUAAUGAAAUUCAUUCAGAAAACAUUCCAAGAUCAAAAUAUUCAUCAAGUCAAUUAUCCGAUUGUGAAAAUCUAAGUAACAUCAGAAAACGAUCAUUGUCAAUCAAUCUCCCUAUUCAACAAAUUAUUAAGAAUGAUCAACUAACUAAAGAAACUUCAUAUAAUAGUUAUACUGAAAUGAAUUCAGUAUAUAGACAAUCAUAUCAAAAUCAUACUCAUGAUGAUGUAACUAAUAAGAAUAAUGAGAAUACAAAUAAUAGUUUGAAUCCUCCUGAAGAUAUAACAUCAACUAGUAGUAAUCAAUUACGUAAUUUUCUUAAUCGAUUAGAUAAUGUUUCCAUUGGAUAUACAACUCAUACAACAAAAGAUGACAUUCGUUUAUUAGAUGAAAAGAAUACAGAUGAUGAAAUCACAGAAGAAUUAGAAGAUGAUGAUGUUGAUGUUGAUCAUGACAUAACCAUAGGAGUAAACUCUAAACAGAAUCAUAAAGAACCAUUGAAUGGUGAAUGUCAAGAAUCAUUUGUGAAUAUAUGCAAACCAGUUCAAGGUAAUCGUUUAGCUCGAGUAACAGAAGUGAAUGAAUCAGAUUUUGAACUAAGUGAAUAUGAUGUUGAUGAUUAUGAUGAUGAUGAUGAUGACGGUGAUGGAAGCCUUAGUGAUGACGACAAUGAUACAGACAGUGUUUUGGAUGAUUCCACUGAAUCGGAUAGUUUCAGUGAUAAUUCAUUCGUAAGUAAUAUAUCGAAAAACUUACAUAAACAAAAAAUGAAUGGAGAUAAUAAUAAUAAUAACCAUAAUGAAGCAUUACAUAACAAUAGUAUCAUAAAACCAACAAUCAAUAACAAUUCAUUAGGUGAUACACAAUUUCUUCGUUUAGAACAAAUGAGAGCUGAUCUAGAAGAAGAAUUAGGCUUUGAAUUAUUAAUUAAAGCUUACAAUGUUAUUCAGGCAUUACAAGAAGAUGAAGAUGAAACAAUUACUGAAAGUGAACAAAUUGUUACAAGUGUUUUAGGUGAAGAGAAAACACGAAUUUAUUAUGAUCGUAUUUUACAAUUAGUUCUUGCUGAUGGAGCUUAUAUGGAUGAUGAAUAAACUACAAUCCAUCAAUCAAUCAAUCAAUCAAUCAAUCAUGAAAAUAUAAAAUAAUUUUUAUUCUUAAAUCACUUUUUUCAAUAAGAAUUUAAGUAGUAUCAUAAUAAUCAUAAGAAGAAAAUUUGUAUAAUUUUCAUUAUUUUUUUUCUCUCAAAAACAUUUAUCAUUUUGUAAUCAUGUAUUAUGUAACAUUUCAACUAUUCUAAUCAUUAUUUAGUGCAAUUGAUCAUUUACCAUACACAAACACACACACACACACACUUGCUUACUUAUGCCUGUUACUACUCCCAAUGAAGUAUAACCCCCCUACCCCCCUACAUACACACACACAAUGUUUAUCUUGUAAUCUUGAUGAAAAUUAUUCAAUGAAUACAUUAUCUUUAUAUAUUCA